AAAGCUCCAAAUGACACUAAUGACAGUGACAAAUAAUUUUUCGUAAUGAAAUUUAUCCGGUUGUAAUUAUAUUAUAAACAAUUAUUGUAAUAAUAAAAUGUAGCUUACAAAAACCUAUUGCAAAUUAAGAUGAUCGCCGUGGAAGAAUACCCAACAUUAACAUUCCAAAAUUCUAACUUUCCAAAUGUUAUAUUCCAAAAAUUGUUCGAGCAAAAGAAAGCUAGUAAGUUCUGUGAUAUAACCAUUUUCGUAAACAACAAAAUAAUUAAAGCACAUAGGAAUGUUCUUGCUUGUAGUUCUCCAUACUUUGAUUCUAUCUUGAAAACUCACAAAGUCCAACAAGAAAAGCUUUCUGUAUCUUGCACAGAUAGCACGAUUUUUAACGAUGUGCUUAAUUUUAUGUAUACAGGAGAGAUAACCAUCAAUCAUGCCAUCAUAGAAGAACUGUUAAAAUUAGCUGAUCAUUUUAUAUUAACUACAAUUUUAGAGUAUUGUAUAGACUUUUUAGGAUCCAAACUUAAUGUAAAUAAUUGCCUUUUUACCUAUUUCCUUGCGAAGCAGUAUAAAUUGAAGCACUUGAGUGAUAAUAUAGAAAAUUGGAUAGGUAAGCACAUAGAUGAUAUUUGUAAAGGAGAGGAAAUACUUGGAUUGGAAAGAAAGCAGCUGCAAGAAUUCUUUACAAAUAAGAACUUCAUUUUAACGACUAGCAAUGCCCUUAACCUUUUAUCUCAGUGGGUACAGAAAGAUUUGGAGAAAAGGGAGAAGGAAUUUGAUAGUGUUGUUAAAUGCUUUCCGACCAACGAUUUAGAGCCUAUAGAAGUAUUCAAACAUUUAGAAACCAGUCAACUGUACAACAAAAGCGAACUGUGCUUUUACAAAAUUUUGGAUUAUUUGAUUAUGAAUAAUUGGAUGUUGUCUAAUUUUAAGACAAGAUAUGAUGUUUUACAUGUCAAAUAUGGACAGGUGUCCCAAGAAAAAAUACACGAGGCUGAUAUGAAACAAAAGAAAAUUACAGUGACUGAAAAACUAGGUGAGUCACACCAUGUUAAAAAUUCUGUGCUAGUAAAAGCAAAGUUGAAAAAUCAAAAACAGAAUAUCUUAAAGAAGCUUAUGUUAUUUGGAUUGCAACCUAGUGUGAGAAUGGCAGCCCUAAAGAUGUUAAUAUGUAAGAAAACAUCACUGUUAGAUAUUGAAGAAAAGGAAGAAACUGAAGUGAUGGUUGAUACAGAUGAAAAAGUGGGUAUCAAGUGCCCCAUCUGUUUUACAACAAUCAAUGACAGUUUGUUACUGGAACAACACUUAGCACUAAGUCAUGCUAAGAAUGUCACCUAUAAAUGUGGUUUGUGUUCGUUUGUUUGCCAGUAUCAUGGGGAUUACUUAAAUCACAUGAAAACACAUUUUAGUGGACCACCCUUCAAGUGUGAUUUUUGUAACUUUAGUGUGGAACAAAUAUCCAAACUAAUCAGUCAUCGUGCACAUCAUCUAGACGAAUCCAUCUACCAAUGCACAUUUUGUACGUUCAAAUGCCGUUUGAAACAGAACUACAUUUCCCAUAUGAAAAUGCACACACCAGAAACGUUCAAAUGUGAACAUUGUUCAAAAUCAUUCAAAUUCGGCCAAAAUCUGGAAGCUCAUCUCUUGAACCAUUCAACAGAGAAGAAUUUGUCUUGCGAUCUGUGUGGAUUUCAUACCAAGUUUAUUAGCCAUAUGAUUGCACAUAAAAGGAUUCAUGCAGCAGAUAUAUACCGUUGUUCAUAUCCUCAUUGUAAGUACACAACAUCUAAGAAAACCCAACUAGCGAGCCAUGCUAAGAGCCAUAAUGGUGUCAGACCUCACGUUUGUGGAGUAUGCGGGCGAAGUUUUAUGGAGAAAUCUCAUCUAGUACGACACGAACGAAUACAUCUUGAGGAAAAACCGUUCAAGUGUUCUCAUUGUGAUUACGCCAGUUCGAGAAGGGAUAAAUUGAAGGAGCAUUAUACUAGACACCAUGGAGAGAACGCAUCUGCGAAGGUGCCGUAUAAAGCACGGCCGUUAAGGAAUAAUAAUGGUUCUACCAGCAAGACGAAAUCACAGACUUCCCAAGAUUUGCCAACAACUACUACAAACACAAAUAAUGUCAAUUUUACGCAGACCAACAGCACUACAGUGGCGCCAUCUACCCAAAAUUUAGGAUCAGAAAUACAAGAAUUAAUAAUGCACCAUCAAAACCAUUCAACUCCAACAGCUACAAAUCUGACUGUACUAAACUCUACCUAUCAUCACUUCACUUCUGGCGAAUCUGCAGAUUUUCAUCACUCUCACGCUGUUCAUACUCACAACAUUCACAAUCAAAUACUCGGAGCGACAGCCUCGGCAGGUCACAAUCAGCGUUCCGCAGGAAAUAAUCCCCAACAUACGAAUAAUAAUAUUGUCAACCAUCACAUGUUAACGGCAGCUGCUGCAGCAAGAUCUAAUCCGUCAACUGCGACUUCAACUGCGGCUGCUGUAGCAGCGGCUAUGAUGUUGGAUCCAAGAUUUCAUCAUAACUCUGCAGUUCCCUAUCAUCCAACAUCUACUCCAGUUUCCAUGGCGAUGGCAGCUGUUCAGUCAGCACAACCAACACAGUCCACAAACCAACAAGCAACUGACUAUCCUCCAACAUUGCAAAAUUGUAUGCCUUUGUUUUAGAAUACUGUUCUUUGGAUUUAGGUACGAACCAAUGGUAAAAUCAGUAUCUGCUGCUAGUUUUUCAUUGAACAAAAUGAUUAUGAAUGUUCAGAUACGUGGAUAGUGCGGUAAUUAUCAUAAGUGUUUUCAACACUUAGUGGUGUCAGUAAAUCACUAUUAUAAUUUGGAUAACAACUGCUUAAAGUCCUACAAAGACAAACAUAGCCCAAACUCCAAUGUAUAUGCUGGUUAUUACCGUUACACAAAACUAUUACGGUGUUCCACUGUUGAAUCUUUGGUGGGCAUAAGAAAAGUAUAAACUGGGCAACAGAAAAGUAUCAACAAACUGAUAGAAAUAAAAUUCGAAACUAACUAAUAACAAAAAUUACAACGAUGGACCAAACGGGAUAUUGCCUCUCAUUGAUACUAUUCAAAAUAUUUGCCUUAUUUCAGCUGCAUAUUGUUAAACCAUUUUGACAUUGUUUGUCCCACCAACUGAUUGGUUUCUUCCAUAAGUGAUGAAAGUAAAGCACCCAUAUACAGUCCGUCCAAUAUACUUAAUAUUAUUUUUUUUUUUGUUGUAUAAUCCACUUCCGCAAAAAUUAUGUGAUAUUUUUGAUUUAAAAUGAAUUCAAGAAUGUUUUGUAAUUGGGCAACAAUGUCAACUUAGAUCUCUGACGUAGAUAAUGACGUGCAACGGUAAGUAUAUUGGACCGACUGUACACUUACUUAUCCUGAUACUACAGUCCAUUCAGAACAUUGGCCUCAUUUGCAUCGUCUGCGCAAAUGUGUGCCUCUUAUUAUUUUAACUAUUAAUCCGACGCUCUUAUAUGACAUAAGAAAUGCGAGACGAAAAGAAGAAUCAUAUCUCUUGUUUUUUGUGAUUUAUUUGAAAUCAACGCUUUCCAGUUUACUCUUUGAAAGUUCCUGGCUCGUGGAGAUGAAAUCAACGUUGUCAGCACAGUACUAGGAUCCAACUCCUGUUAAAAAAUGUUUUCUCCUGUCUCCUUGAAUUUUAAGAUUCAUAACUAAAGACAAGGAUAUAACAGACAGGGAGUGUCGUUAUCUUAGGUCUCCUUCUUAUUGUUUUCUUUGUCUUUAUGCUCCAGUGUCAAUUUUCAUCUGUUAAUGCCAUUUGAGGAAGCCUGGAGAUCAAGGAACAAUGGUGUAUAUUGAUACUAAAGAAUACCUGCUCAUGCCAGUCCCAAUCUCAGGGUGGAAGCCAGCCUUAGCAAUCAGAAGCAGCUGGCUAUUAAAAGAACUCCUAAAAACAGUACCGAUCUUAUGAAUUCUUAGAGAUAUUAAGAACAAUUUAGACUAAUACAGCAUAAACAUUUGUUUAAUUUCUAAAUAAUGAAACAAGGAAUAUGAUUUAUAUCCUUCGUUAGACUCAAUUUAUGCAAUCUAAUCGUGUAUGCCAAAACCCAGAAUCUAAGGACUAUCAACUUAUGUAUUACUAUAGAUCAUUUUCUAGUCACAAAUUGUAACCUAGUGUAAAUUAUUCUAGUCAGUAUUUGUUCUAGAUACAUGUUAUUUUCGUUUUGUUGGUAUUUAUAUAAAUAUAUAAUUGUUUUGUUUUUUAAACCUUUAUUUGUACUAUUUAUUAAAUAACUUAGCCACAUUUUUGUA